AUGCCGAAAGUCCGCAAGGAGAGAACGAAGUUCCACGACCUCGCCCCUCAUUCGCGGCACCUCCAAGCCGCAGAGGAGACAGAGGACUUCCCCGUGUCUCUCACGCCGGAGGCCGAGGCGCGCCUGGAGCAGCUGCGGCGAGCGGUCGCGGCUGCGCAGCACGAUGGCGAGAACGACGCUUCAGCGUCCCCUGCGCCCCCUCCAAGCGAGCCGCAGGAGGCGGAGAAGAAGAAGGCGCUGAACAAGGUUGAGGCGACCCUCGAGAAGUCCUUCGUGGGGCUGUCCAGAGGGCAGCGCCGGCGGCUGGCGAAGCGCGAGGCCUGGCUGCGCAAGUUCGACUUUGUCGGCUACGCGCGAGAGGUCAAGGAGCAGCGGCAGAAGGAGGAGAGCGCGAAGCGCGGGAGGGAGUUCAUUGACUUCGGCAGCUUCCGCGACCAGAUCGAGAGCAUCGCCGCCGACCGCAGGCGCGGCGCGGCGGGCGGCGCGGCGGGCGGCGCGACUGGCGACGCGUGCGGUAGCGAGAGGAAGGGGUCGGCGAAGAUAUCGAGAAAGAUGUUUCAGCGUGUCGCCGCGCAGGAGAUCAAGCAGUAUGACGCCAUUCUGAACUUCCCGGCCUUCCAGGAGAGCCCGCUGGGCGCGCUCAAGCUGCACCUCCAGAACACACUGAAUCUGCAGCGACAGCAGCAAGAGGCAGAAGAGAAAAGACUUGCAAAGGAAGCGAACCCCCAGGCCAAAGCCGCGCAACGCGAGAAGAAGCCGACCCGACAGCCAGCUGCCCGGUAG